ACUAAGCUUAAACUAACUGAUCUCUUUGCUCUCAUUUUAGAUAUGUUGUAAGAGAAUGCUAAACAUGUGAUUUUGUCGAAACUACAGAUUCUUACCUGUUUUUUCGCUGUCUCUAAAGUUAAAACUUUCAUCGUAUGCCUUCCAAGAACUGUUUUUUUUUCUUGGAAUUUAUGAAGAUGUCAUCAAUGUUCAUUUUUAGCCUUCUGUUAUCUCUUUCUACUCUCCACAUUAUCAUUUCCCCUUCGUGUUCGACCAAAACCGUUGUCCCGAAAACUCGUAAGCUCUCGCUUAGGCUCAUACACCGCGAUGCAGUAUCGCUUACAUCACCCCGGCGCAGCGCAAAACCGAAACUUCCAGACAUGUCCGAGGACGACGUAAGGGCCCCGAUUUUUCCAAUGGAGGAUGGUAGCAUUUUCUUGGUGAAUGUUUCGAUAGGCAAUCCUCCGAUCCCGCAGCUCAUGGCGAUGGACACCGGAAGUCGACUGACGUGGAUUCGUUGUCGAACCUGUGAUGGAUGUAAGAACGUGUUCGAUCCUAAAAAAUCAUCAACUUACUCUGCAUUGCCGAGAGAUUCGCCGCAGUGCCUUCACUACAAAUACGGCCCCCAGAAUCAGCAGCUCUGCACGUUCGGUUUCACCUAUCAGGACUUGUCGAGCAGCGUAGGCAUCGUCGGGCUCGAGAAAUUCACGUUUCUUACAUCCUCUGGAGGCACGAUGGAGCUGCCCGACUUGGUCUUCGGCUGCGCGCAGAGAACGAGUGGGACUGUGGUGUCCGUCGACGGCAUUCUCGCGCUCGAAGUACCCGACAAGUACUGCCUGACGGCUCGGACGGGUUACAGGUUCUCGUACUGCAUCGGUAAUAUUAACGAUCUGGGUUACAUGUACAACCAGCUGAUAUUAGGCGACGGGGCUGUCCUCGAAGGCGAUUCGACGCCCAUGCAGAUUAAGGACAGCCAUUACGUCGUGACGCUCGAGGGAAUAAGCGUGGGGGAGACGCGGCUGGCGAUCGAUCCGCGGGAGUUUCUCAGCAACGUCGUGGUUGAUUCCGGGACUACAUACACCGAGCUCCGGAGGAGCGCGUAUCGAUCGCUCGUUGCGGAGGUGGAGGAACUGAUGGACGGGGUGGUGGCGCGAACGCUAGUUAGGAAUGCCGAGACCCAGCUUUGCUAUCGAGGGGAUAUCGAACGCGACCUCAAGGGGUUCCCGAUCGUGACGCUGCAUUUAGCGGAGGGGACCGAUAUCGAAUUAGAUGUCGAUGCGAUGUUUCAAAAGACGAAAGAUGGAUUGGCCUUCUGUAUGGCUGUGGUUGAGGCUAAUGAGAACAUUAUAGGUGUUAAGGCACAGCAGUAUUACAACGUUGGAUUCGAUUUGGAUGCAAUGAGGAUCAGUUUCCAGAGGAUUGAUUGCCAGCUUCUUGAAGAAUGAAUGAUUGG